AUGGAAGACGUGGAAGAAGUGUUCAUUUCCGCUGGUGUUAAUCCACGUUCACACUGCCUUGCCGCUUGUAGCGCCAGUGAUCAUUUUGUUUUCGCAUCCGAUGGACAACUGGUUUUGGAAACAUUCCCCGGGGUCGAUGACUCCAAAUCGGGAGUGCGUAUUUGGUGGUUGGGGCGUUUGAAGGGCACGGUGUCUGUCAGCAAUUCGUUUGAUAUCGAUGACUUGGGAACGGUGUUUGCAGUUGAUGCCGAUAUGCAGAUGCUACCAAAUGGAGUUGUGCUUCUUGCCUUGGGUACUACUAGAAGAACUAUCGAUCUCUACUGUGAGACUGCUUGCUCUAAGGAAAUGAAAAGAGUUCUUUCAAUCGCAGCUCAUGACGACUGGGUGCACUCCAUUGCUUUCAAUCAGUCAUGCCCGAUCCUUCUGGCCACAGCGGGUCAAGAUUCGUAUGUCAAAUUGUGGCGCAUUGAAAAUGAAACAGAGAAAGAGGAUCUUGAUGAGCUAAAUGUCACCAAAAAUAGCUUCAAAGUUAAUGGUGCCAAUGGUGAACUAUCACUGUCAAUAAGCAUCGAAGCCGUGCUUGCUGGUCAUGGUGACUGGAUACAUUCGACAUGUUGGGAUAGGACUGGACGUGCCCUGCUCACCUCUUCCAGUGAUAAAACCGUCAUCAUUUGGAAGGAGACUUGUGACGGGCAAUUCUGGAGUGAUGUGGUGCGAUUAGGAAUUGUGGGUGGACAGGCUGCUGGCUUCUUUGGCGCAGCGUUUUCGCCCAAUGCUCAGCAAGUUGUGGCUUUUUCCUACACUGGAGGGCUUUACGCAUGUGGCCAUGUCGGUGUUGUGCGUGACGUUGCGUGGCAUCCUUGUGGGAAGAUGUUUAUUUCCGUCGGUGAAGAUAAGACUACGAGGGUGUAUGCCCUGCAAAAGGAGGAAAAAAGGUUUAUCGAGUUGGCACGACCUCAGGUUCACGGUCACAGCAUGCAGUGUAUUGCAGUGGUGUCCAGCUCCAUCAUAGUAACCGGCGCUGAAGAAAAGAUAUUCCGUGCACUACAGGCACCUGCAGCCUUUGCGAGGAGUGUUUGUAAUAUCACUGGCUUAGAAAUAGUGGAGGUUUUCGGAGACUGUGCUUUCCCAGCUUAUGGUGCAAGAGUUCCCGCUUUGGGUCUGUCCAAUAAAGCAAUUGAUGAUCUUGGAGGAGCUCCAUCUGAGGGUGAUACAGCUCAUUGGGAAGAAGCAGCCUUCCAGGCUACACCUGGUGAAGUUCACGCUGCGCCCACGGAGGAUUACUUACAGCAAAACACGCUGUGGCCAGAGAUUUACAAGCUAUACAGUCACGGCUACGAAGUGUACGCUGUUGCAGUUAACCCAUCUGCCACUGUACUUGCUACCUCUUGUAAGUCAUUGCAUAAAUUGCCUUUAAGGCAAGUCAAGCUGAAGAUGCCGCGAUUGUGUUGUGGGACACCGCGGAUUUUAGCAAGAAGUCCGAAGUAUCUGGUUAGUUUCAAACUUUGGAACCUUUGCAGUCUUAAUUCUGUCAUGAGCAUGCACCCACUUUUGCCAUCAGGACAUCAAUUAACGGUCACGCAGUUAGAGUGGAAUCCAGUUGGUACGCGGUUACUCAGUGUCGGUAGAGACCGCAAGGCGAUUCUCUAUCACGAAAAGAAUGGGCUUCUGAACGGUUUUUCCUAUGAGAAAUUGUGGUCGUCUAAUAAAGAACACUCAAGAAUAAUAUGGACGUGUUGUUGGUAUGAAGAUUCCCAGCACUUCGUAACUGCAGCAAGAGAUAUGAAGGUAAUAAUAUGGAAAUGUAACGACGAAAAUACAGCUCCCGUCUGCUCUUUCAAGUGCCCACAACCAGUUACAAGUGUCGUUGUGUGCUGCGGAACUGAACUGAGAGCUGGUGUAAUUGCUGCUGGACUUCAAGACGGCUCAUUGAUGCUACUGGGUAUACUGCAAAAUCAACUCAAACCCCUGUCACACCUUUUUGUACCUUCAGUGGUCGUGGAUAGCCCGAUUACACGAUUGAGAGUUAAUCCGAAAAAUCGUUCUGAGCUGGCGGUUGCUGGAAGUGACGGGAAACUGCGCGUGCUACGAUUGAAACUCAAUAGCGCUUGA